UGCCAAGUACGGUGACAUAAAGCAGAUAAAACGGGGUGACUUCAGAAAACCCUGCCAACGAGUGCUUCUUAUCAAGCUUGCGUUGAAGUUGAAAGUGGAACGAAGGCAGCACUACAAAAAUACGCCAUAGGCAGCAGCUCGCUAGAAGCAUAACCAUCCAUACAACAAGGACAAAUCAAAUCGAUUCUCGAUGCCAUACAUUCUCAUCCGCGGUAAUCUUGCGUCCUACGGCCACAAGCAUCCAUUUCGCGUGCUAGUCUCAGGCUUAAAAGCGGCCGACAUUGAACAGCUGAACCGUUUCCCAUGCGGAGGCUACAGCGAUGAGUCCACCGUCGUCUAUCUGCAGCAUCCGUGUGUGAUGCUGACGGCACUGGAGGUGCUCGGGUAUCGUGUAGUAGCCUCCUCAUCGACAGCAGUGAAGCAAGAUUACAACGAGUACAUGUGGACGAUGAGGAAGGAGUUUAGCGAUCCCGAACCGUACCUCAGCGAAACGUCUUCGGCCGUGAUCGAACGGGACAAUCUGGCUAACAGCGGCCGAGAGGGUGGCAACUAUAACGGCGGGAGCAGCAAAAUCGACCUGCCCGAAUGAACGUC